AUGAUUACGUUCACAGAUAUUUUUCUUAUUUUUUAUCUCACGCUUCACAUUUGUGAAAGUAUAAAUCAUAAUCCACCCGUUAUCGUUGAACAACCACAAGAUAUUUUAGCUGAAUUAGAUAAACCUAUGGCACUACAUUGCCGUGCUGAAGCUUCAUCAUUAGAUGAUCUACGUGUUAAUUGGUACAAAGAUGGACAGUUAGUAACCAUGGAUCCAAAUGCUCGGAUCAUAACAGAAUUUAUGGCAUUACAUGUAAUUAAUACCAUGCCGCAAGAUGCUGGUAAUUAUUAUUGUUUGGCUGAAAAUUCCUAUGGAAGAGUACAAAGUCGAACAGCUCGUGUUCAAUUUAUAAAACUUGAUAAAGAAUUUCCUCUUUUUCCAAUAUCAACAUCAGCAUCGCUUGGUGAACGUAUUCGUCUUCGUUGUGAACCUCCACCUGGUUCACCAACUCCAAACGUCUAUUGGAUCAAGAAUGGAAAAAAUCUAUCGCUUCCACUCGAUCAUUACGAUCUUGUAUUGCCAUCGAUUCAACCGACAGAUUUUGGUGCGUAUCGUUGUAUAGCAUCAAAUGGCUUAGUUCGUCAAUCAUCAGUAGCCUAUGUAACGGAAUUUCAACGACCAAAAAUAUCUAUUCACCCAUCAACACCACGUAUUGAUAUUGAACGUGGUAGAUCAAUUGAUUUUCAAUGUCAAAUUGAAAAUUUAAAUAAUGAUGAUCAAUAUCAAAUUGAAUGGCACUAUGCUCAUCAGAAUGGAAAAUUAAUUGGGCGAAACAAUCGUGUUGAUAUACCAGUCGUACAAUACAAUCAUAGUGGAUUGUAUUUAUGUGUUGUUACUUAUAAUAAUGGACGAAAACGGCAUGUAUUUUCAGAAGAAAUUCUUCUUGCUGUACAUGAACGCUCGAUUGUAGACGGAGAAGAUCGAAUUUUUAGUCAAACAACUUUAAAUGUUUAUGCUGGCCGGUCAGCUAUAAUUGUUUGUCAACUUCCAUUGAAAUCUAAUGAGAAAAUGUUGUGGUCAAUUUUAAAUCGUACGGAUGUACCGUUUGAAAAUAACCAUCGUUUUGAAUUCAUUGAUAAAAAUCAAUAUCGUCUAAAAAUGCGUCGCAUUGAAGAAUUCGAUAAUGAUCUUCUAUUUGAAUGUCACUAUGAAAAUCAAAAACUAUCAAGUCAAGGUUUAAUUAAAUUACAUGUUGAACGCAUUGAAUCACCGCCAAUUAUUAUCUUUGUACCAAACAAUCAAACCAUACCUGUUGGCGUUGAUGUUACAUUUUCAUGUCAAACAAAAGAUAAUGCAAAUAUUCAAUGGUGGUUUAUAGCGAAUGGUCGUUCGCAUAAAUCAAAUAAAAUUGAAAAUAGUAAAAAAUAUAAAAUUGAUACAAAUCAUGAUUUAAUUGUUCGUCAUGCUGAUAAGAAUGAUGUUGGCAUAUAUAAAUGCAUUGUAACGAAUACAAAUGAUGAUGAAACAAGUUGGAUGGCACAUUUAAAUGUGGAAGAUUCACGUUCCAAUGCCAUAUUUCAUCGUGUUGAACGAACUGAUUUACCACAAGCGCCAACACAACCAUUAGCAGUCGCGAUCAACAGUAAUUCAAUUGAAUUGGCGUGGAAUUAUCCAUCGGCAGAUGUUCAAGGAUAUUUUAUAGAAUAUUUUCAUUUGAAUGGUGACGAUAAAAAUAUUCAAUGGAAACGUUUGUAUACAACCAAUAAAAAUUCUCGUCAAAUCAUAAAUGAUUUAAAAAUAAGUUCAACAUAUCAAUUUCUUGUGCGUGCAAGAAAUUCAUAUGGCUAUGGUUCACCAUCGUUAUUAUCUGAACUGAUUGAAACACGAAAUGAACAACAAUUUACUGAUGAUUUUAUUUAUUUAUUAGAUCCAAUUAAUAUUCAAGAAACAAGCGUAACAAUUCAAUGGAAUAUCGUACCAAAAGCUCAUUCUAUCGAUCGUUAUUCAAUAUCAAUCAUAAGCGAAAAAGAUGUUAAUGAACGUAUAGAAACAAUUAUUAAUAAAAAUAAUUUAACAACAUACACAAUAACAAAUCUUCGUCCAAAUACAGAUUAUUCUAUACGUAUAAUGGCAACGAAUAGUUUGACAAAUAUCAUUGGUCGUCCAAGUAAUACAAUUUUAAUACGAACAUCGGAAAGUAUUCCAUCGUCAUCGCCAAAUAAUGUGAAUGUUGAAUUAACAUCAUUGACUAGUCUCUCAAUUCAUUGGAAUCCACCAUUAGAAACGGAACAAAAUGGUCGUAUUAUUGCAUAUAAAGUUAAUUGUCUAGGCUCAAAUGAAUCAACAUCAAUACGUUUAUUAAAUAUAAGUUCUGAUGCGAAAGGAUUAAAUAUAAAAAAGCUUAUUGAAAAUAUGCAGUAUUGUAUUAGUAUUGCAGCACGUACACGUGCUGGCUAUGGACCUUAUUCACAACCGAUAUGUGUUACAAUGAAUGUGGAAUUUCUUAAAUUAAAUGUUAAUUUAAAUCAAUAUAAUCUUAAACGUCGUUUCCGAGAAGCUGUUUCUCAACCAUGGUUUUUCCCAUUAAUUAUUAUAUCCAGUAUACUUUUUAUUUGUAUUCUGUUGUAUACUUGUUGGCUAUGUUUUCAUCGUUUAAUGAAUCAACGUCGUCAUCGAAUAAAAUUUGGUAGUUCAAACUCGUCGACAUCAUCAUCAUCAUCAAAUCAAUUUGUUGAAAUGCCUAUACAAAAAACAUUAAGUAAUGGUACACGUUAUGAUUUAAUUAAAGAUACUCCACCGCCAUCAUCAUCAACAGCCUUGUGGACUGAUACAAUCGGAAGCGGCAUACGUUUACCAUGUUGUACCACUACAACUGCUUCAGGUAGUAGUCAAGGUGAACAUGAUUCGCAUAUAAUGAAUAUUCAUAAAAAUCCAAUGAACGUACUUAUACAACAAACUAAACAACAACAACAACAACUUAAUCCAUAUGCAACUACUGGAAUAUUUCAACAUAAUCAUACACCAUUACAAGCAACAUCAACUUUAUUACCAACUUAUUCGGAAUCAAUAUCAAUACGUUCGCCACCAUCAUUGCCACCACAUCACUUUCUAUUAGAUCAACAACAAAACCCAUCAGUUCAAUAUCAACCUCCGUGGCUUGAUCAUCCAAAUUCUUCAUUACAAUAUCGUUCACAAUCGCAUACACCUUACCAUCAUCACCAGCAGCAACAACAACAACAGCAACAUUAUUGUAUACAUUGUACAUCACAAUCUCAUCCACAUACACCAUCAUCAAUACGUACGAUAGCACGUCCUAUGCAUAAUAUUCACCAUCAAACUGCUAAUAGUUCAAGUAUGUUAAAUAAUGAAAUUCGAUGGCCAAUUGAAACAGCAAUGAACAGUUCACCAUUAGUAAAACGUCAAUCACAAUAUGCUCCACCAGAACCACCUCCACAAUCAUCCAAUCCGAUGAUGAUUAAUUCAUUAGGUGCCGAAACAAUGACAACUUCAUGGGCAAGUUCAACAGAUGCUAGUAACCGUGAAAGUAUAUCAUCAUCAAUAACAGACAAAAAUGAACAGAGAAAACGAAUCCAGGAACAUAGUCGUUCAAGCAGUGAAGGCUCAUUAUUUUCCGAUUCGGAUAAUCAACAACACGAAUUAAAUAGUUCAGCAUUAAAUGAUAACGAAAGACGACCAACUUUUCUUAUGCCAACUGUAUGA